AUGAGAUCUUCAGAGAUCUAUCCGGCACCCCCCACGGUGGCCGACCAGGAGCUGUGGGAAGAGAAGGAAGUGUCGACUGAACAGAGCUCUCUCGAAAUCGGAGAGAACAAAGACCUCGCUCUUCAGCAGACACAAGAUGCCUUUGGGAAUGAAGAGUUUGCGGAGGUCAAGUACAAGGUCCUCAAGUGGUGGCAAUGCGGCCUGCUCAUGGUGGCUGAAACAGUCUCCCUGGGGGUGCUGUCCUUGCCUGCUGCCGUUGCCGGCUUGGGUUUAGUCCCCUCGGUGAUUAUCCUGGUCUGCCUGGGUGGCCUGGCCACCUACACGGGCUAUGUGAUCGGCCAGUUCAAGUGGAGGUAUCCGCACGUUUGCAACAUGGCUGAUGCGGGUGAGGUGCUUGCUGGCCGCUUUGGCCGUGAGCUGUUGGGAUUUGCCCAGAUCAUAUUCCUCAUCUUCAUCAUGGCCAGCCACCUGCUAACCUUCACGAUUGCCAUGAAUGCCUUGACUGACCAUGGCACGUGCUCCAUCGUCUUUGGAGUGGUGGGCCUGGUUGUCUCUUUCGCGUGCUCGUUGCCGCGCACUCUGGAAAAGAUGUCCUGGCUCUCGUUAAUUUCUUUCAUUAGCAUCUUGUCAUCUGUGUUCAUCACAAUGAUCGGGGUGGGUAUCUCACACCCUGGGAAGGUAGUUGAAGCAACGGUCAGAACCGACCUAAUCCACGGCUUCACCGCGGUGGCCAAUAUCGUCUUUGCAUUUUCUGGACAUGCUGCAUUCUUUAGCCUUGCAGCGGAAUUGAAAAAUCCAGCCGACUAUCCCAAAGCCUUGAUGCUGUUGCAGAGCGUCGAUAUGACCCUCUAUCUCGUUGCAGCCGUCGUGAUCUACUGCUAUGGGGGAUCCACAGUUACUUCUCCCGCACUGGGUUCCGCCAGCACGGUUGUGUCCAAAGUUGCUUAUGGCAUUGCGCUUCCGACAAUCAUCAUCGCCGGCGUUAUCAACGGACAUGUGUCUGCCAAGUCCGUCUAUGUGCGUAUCUUCCGUGGCACUGACCACAUGCAUAAGCGUACCUGGACUGCCGUGGGCUCUUGGACCGCAAUUGUCCUAACACUGUGGGUGCUCGCCUGGAUCAUUGCGGAAGCGAUUCCAGUGUUCAAUAAAUUGCUGAGCUUGGUUACUGCGCUCUUCGCCAGUUGGUUCACUUUCGGCCUGAGCGCGAUCUUCUGGUUCUACAUGAACUCUGGCCGAUGGUUCUCGUCUCCGAAGAAAUUCGCCCUUUCUGCUGUCAACUUGCUUGCUUUGGCAGUUGGAUGUUGUCUGUGCGGUCUUGGGCUCUAUGUCUCCGGAAAGGCCAUCCACGACGAUCCCCACCAUGCCAGUUUCACCUGCAUGAGUACUGUCUAA